AUGUCUUAUCGAUUGCUAAGUGUGGACAAGGAAGAUUUGGGUACAUCACCAUCACCUGGUUUGAAGGAAAGAAACUACUUGGGUUUGUCUGAUUGCUCCUCUGUUGACAGCUCAACCAUUCCCAAUGCUGAGAAGAGCAAUCUCAAUUUCAAAGCCACAGAGCUGAGGCUAGGCCUCCCCGAGUCUCGAUCUCCCGAGAGAGAAACUGAUUUCGGUCUGCUAAGCCCGAGAACCCCCGAUGAGAAGCUGCUCUUCCCUCUGCUCCCAUGCAAAGACACUGCUUCUGCUGCUACAUUGCACAAGAACGUCGUCUCUGGCAACAAGAGAGGAUUCUCUGACACUUGGGACGAGUUCUCUGCUGUGAAAGGACCAGGAGGAAUCAACAUGAUGCUGUCGCCGAAAACUACGGCCAGCACUAAGAAGAAUGAUGUCUCUAAGUGCAUUCAAGAAGCUAAGAGUGGCUCGAACAAUGCUCCUGCUGCCAACAUGGAUGGUGCUCCGUAUCUGAGGAAAGUCGACUUGAGAACUUACACUUCCUAUCAACAGUUGUCUUCUGCGCUUGAGAAAAUGUUCAGCUGCUUCACACUUGGUCAAUGUGGGCUUCAUGGUGCUCAAGGGAGGGAAAGACUGAGCGAGAUUAAGCUGAAGGAUCUUCUUCAUGGAUCAGAGUUUGUGCUUACUUAUGAAGACAAAGACGGUGACUGGAUGCUCGUUGGAGAUGUCCCAUGGGAGAUAUUUACUGAAACAUGUCGGAAGCUGAAGAUCAUGAAGGGAUCUGAUUCUAUUGGCUUAGCUCCAGGGGUAGUGGAGAAAUCGAAGAACAAAGACCGAAUCCAUCUCAGGGUUUGA